AUUGCUCCCCACAGCAAUUUAUACAACAACAAGAAGAAUAAAAUGGAGGUUAAUCCUAUGGAAAAGCCAGACUUCUCUGGAUAUUUAAAGAAGAAGGGAGGUAAAAUUAAAACCUACAAGAGAAGAUGGUUUGAAUUGAGAGGAAAGCUUCUUUUCUACUUCAAGAAACAAGGUGAGCUCAAGCCAACAGGUUUUAUCAAUAUCCAAGGAGCUAAAGUUGAAAUUGAUGAAACAAAGCCUAUGAGCUUUAAACUUAGAGGUAAAAACUUGGCCAGAGUUUAUGAAAUUAGUGCGGAAAAUGAAACAGAGUUCCAAGUUUGGAUGAAAGAAUUGAACAAAGCUAUGAAUUAUAAUCCAUCAUCUGAUAAGGAAGGAUUGGAAGAAUUCAAGGAGGAAAUUCUUAAGGCUAAAUCUUUGGAACAAAUUACUAUUGGUAACAAAUCGUCAGAUGUUAAGGUUUCCUUGAACGAUUUUGAAUUACUUACAGUUGUCGGAAGAGGUUCAUUCGGUAAAGUUAUGAAGGUUAAACAAAAGGGUGCUUCUAGAGUCUAUGCCAUGAAAGUUCUUAGAAAGGAUAUGAUCAUCAAGGAAAACAUGGUGUCACAUACCCUUGCUGAAAAGAAAAUUUUGCAAAGUAUUGAUCACCCAUUCAUUGUUUCUUUGCAUUAUGCUUUCCAAACUGAAGAAAAGUUGUAUUUAGUAUUAGAUUAUUUACCAGGUGGUGAAUUAUUCUUCCACUUGAGAGAAGAAACUAAAUUUGAUGUUGAACGUGCUAAAUUCUAUGCUGCUCAAAUUGUUAUGGCUAUUGAACAUUUGCACAAGAAUGAUAUUAUUUACAGAGAUUUGAAGCCUGAAAAUGUUGUUCUUGAUGGUGAUGGUUAUGCUGUUUUAACAGAUUUUGGAUUGGCCAAGACAUCUAUGGGAAAUAAUACUCCAACUUAUACAUUCUGUGGUACUCCUGAAUAUUUAGCUCCAGAAAUCUUGAAGGGACAAGGACACGGUAAGGCUGUCGAUUGGUGGUCUCUCGGUAUUCUCUUGUAUGAAAUGAUUGUUGGUUUGCCACCAUUCUACUCUGAAAAUAUUAAUGAAAUGUAUGAAUUAAUUUUGAAGGCCCCACUCAAAUUCCCAAGUAGUGUUCCAGCUGAUGCACAAUCUCUUCUUAAAGGUUUAUUAGACAGAGAAGAAUAUAAACGUUUAGGAGGUGGCCCAUCAGAUGGAGCUGAAAUCCGAGCACAUCCAUUCUUUAAGAAUAUUAACUGGGAUAACCUCUAUAGUAAGGGUAUUUCUGCUCCAUUCAAACCACAAUUGCAUGAUGGUAACGAUACCAAAUAUGUUGACACAGAAUUUACUUCCGAACGUGCUCACGACAGUUUUGCUAUUGGUGUUAGCAAGGAUGAAAACAAGUCUUUUGAUGAUUUUGACUUUUCUAAAUAAUUUUAUGUAAUUAAUAUUUGUAUAUGUAAUUUGUAUUAAAAAUAUUUUCUAAUUGUGUAA